UAUUCCCACUUUACAAUCUCAAAAAUCCUAAAAAAAAAACCAUCUUUCAUUUCAACCCUUCUAUUUUCAUUCCUUGAAAAACACACACACACAAACAUAUUAAUAUAUUUGUUUUUUCUUUUCACACUUUCAACUGUUUUUUAGUAAGUAUACAUAAAUAUAAAAAGCAGAAGAAUUUAGGGUUUUAAUUGUAUGUAUUUUUGUGGGUCAAAAUCUUUUUGGUGUUAAAUGGCAUUUUCUUGAUAACUAAAAAAAGACAAGUUAAAAAAAAGUGUGCCAAAAUGGCAUCAAAUCCGGCGGUUUCGCCGGCCUUUGGGUUGUCGGUACUUCUCCGGCGAAGGGUCUUGAUCAGAAACAAGGGUUGUAAGGUUCAGUGUUGCUGUUCCGGCAAGGUUGUCCCGAUCCGGGUCGGGUCGGGUAGGAAAUGUGGAGAUGGUAAUAUUAUUAUUAGUAGUAAUAAUAAUGAUAAAGUUAGAAUUCAAGCUGCUCCUGCAUUGCCCUUUGCAUCAUCAUCUCAAUCUUUGAUGCCUACAAGGCAAGAGAAGUUCUUUCCACGUUGUACCCCAAGAAAUUCUGGGCCGCAGUCUCGUGACACACCACCAAAAAGAGACACCGGCAUUGCAAACGAGAAGGACUGGGGGAUUAGUUUAAAUGAACAUGUCAAUGAAUCUGGAGUCAAUGAGGAUGGUAGUACUUGGUAUAGAGAAAGUGGUGAAGAUUUUGGUGAAAAUGGUUUAAGAUGUAGAUGGACAAAGAUGGGUGGUCGUAGUGAUGACGGAUCUUCAGAAUGGAAAGAAACGUGGUGGGAGAAAAGUGAUUGGAGCGGAUACAAAGAGCUAGGUGUUGAGAAAUCUGGAAGAAAUUCUGAAGGGGAUUCAUGGUGGGAAACAUGGCGAGAAGUUCUCCACCAAGAUGAAUGGAGUAACUUAGCAAGGAUUGAACGAAGUGCACAAAAGCAAGCAAAAUCAGGCACAGAAAAUGCGGGUUGGUAUGAAAAUUGGUGGGAGAAAUACGAUGCCAAGGGGUGGACCGAGAAAGGAGCACAUAAAUAUGGUAGACUAAAUGAACAAUCAUGGUGGGAGAAAUGGGGAGAGAACUAUGACGGAAGAGGAUCUGUUCUCAAAUGGACCGACAAAUGGGCUGAGACUGAACUCGGAACCAAAUGGGGAGACAAGUGGGAAGAGAAAUUUUUUGCGGGUAUUGGUUCCCGUCAAGGAGAAACAUGGCAUGUAUCACCUGCUGGUGAACGUUGGUCAAGAACAUGGGGUGAAGAACACUUUGGAAAUGGCAGCAAGGUACACAAGUAUGGAAAAAGCACAACGGGUGAAAGUUGGGAUAUUGUUGUAGAUGAAGAAACUUACUACGAGGCUGAACCUCAUUACGGGUGGGCUGAUGUUGUUGGUGACUCGAGCCAGCUGCUAUCAAUUCAACCACAAGAGAGACCACCAGGCGUGUUUCCCUAUCCUGAUUUUGGGCCGCCCUCUUCUCCCUCACCACCUAAAGAUGAUAGCCCUUCACCACCUAAAGAUGAUAGCCCUUCACCACCUUGACAGCAAUUAAAACCUCCUGCCGCAUAUUUUUGUAACUUGUUAAGUAGACCCCGAGAAAUGGAUGCACCAAAGGUCCAUCUUGUUCAUUAUUUCCGUUCUUGGUUUAGUCAUAUGGUGUUUAGUUUCAUAGUAAUUGUAUUGUUUAUUUCUCAUCCCCUCUCUGAUAGACAUUGCUCAUUCAUUCCAUAGUGAUGCCCAUAUCUAGGGGUAGUGUAGGUUUUAAAUGUUCUAGUCUUUUUGCAAGAUCGGUGAUUCGUUAAUUAGCAUUGCAAACGGGUAGAAUGGAGUCAAGUUACCCCCCUCCCCCUCUUCCCAGUUGGGUCUGAUGCUUGAUUAAAACUUGUUUUCUGUUUACCUCAAA